AAUUCAACCAUAAUUAAUCAAUUUUGUUGACCUAUUUUUCAAGAAAAAAGAAAAAGGAACAGAAUAUGAAUAGCGUAGCUGUAUAAUUAGAGCUGCAAGAAGAAGAAGAAGCUUAGAAUCAACCAAUAUUAGCGGUUCCUCCUCUUCGGUAUUUCUCUCUCCACCUAUUUGUGAUACACAGAUGGCGUUGAGGAGAUUAUUGGGGUUUUCGGAUGGCGAGCUGAUGAGGUCAGAUGCAAAACCUUGUUCUAGGUUGAUGAGACACACUGCUGGACUUUUCAGCGUUGGUGGAGGAUUGGCAUUCUGGAUUCUUUGUCGAUUGCAUUACGGUCCCAGAAUUACGGUUCCAAGGAGUCUCCGGUGGGCAGCUUUCGGAGCUGUUUCGAUGAGCUCAACCUCAGCACUGCUGGUACGUUUAUUGUGUGCGGAGUGUGAACCCCAAAACAUAGCUGUUUAUGACAAGGGAAAGUAACCUUUUGACUUCUCAUUCACUGCCAUCAUUGACUGAUCUUAGCCUGUCUUGAUUUGAUCUUGGUCUUGAAAAAGAAAAAAAAACUUUCAUAAGGGGACUAAUGUGUAAGCAAGUAUGUGAUGAGAGUUGAGAUUGAAGUGCUUUUUUAUAUGUAUACAUAACAUUUUGCAUAAUGGUAUAAACCUUUGAGGUCUAAAUAAAAGGUGGUAGAUUUUGUUUAAAGGAUA